CGCAGAUCUAUUCUGACCAAUACAAAUUUAACUAUUAACAUUUACAAAUAUUCCGUAGGACCUGUCCAGUCUUCAAUAUGAUCGUAACACUUCUUUUUGUCGUGCUGUUACCUCUAGCCUUAGCAGCAGAAGAUCCCACCACGGUUUGCUCCCCUGAUCAAGUGUCGUUCUAUGGUUACAACAUUCAGACAGAUGUCACAUCUUAUGUUACUAUAGACUACAAGCAGAACCUCAUGGGCGUUGUUACAGGCAACUUAACUACAGUCAAUGACAUUGCCAACGGUAAAUCUUAUGUAAUUGAUGACAAAGGUAGCUGCCAAUCUUCAGAUUUAACGCCUAAAAAUCCCUAUCCACAAUGCCUGUCCGCUAAUGCUGUCUCGUUUGGUAACAUUUAUGUUGGGUUUGGGACCAAUCAGCUGAAUGCUACACUCUGGCAGUUUCCUUAUAGUAUUGGAGCUGUCAAUGGAGUUGUCAAGGCCGCCUUCCCGAACGAACCAAACUCAAUAACUUUCCCUUUCUUGUCCAGAUUUGUGGAUGACAAAGGUGUUCUAUUGUCUGCUAGUUUCUAUGUUGACGUCACCGCCAACAUCACCCAGCCUGCCCUGUUAAAGAUUCCGGAUCCUUGUCCACCAAAAGUUAUUGUUUAAAACGAAAUCUGAAGUUGUAAUAUUUAUUAUUAUAUUUAUCUACACAUAUUUUUAUUCAUCCACAAAUAUAACUAAUUAUUCUAUGUAUUUUUUUUUCAACAUUAAAAGAUUCAAUUAUU